GAUAAACAUUGGAAUCACAUGUGAGGAAUGAGUGUCAUGCAGUGGUUAAUUAUGUUAAUUACACUCAGAUAUAUGUUGGUGGCUUGUGUCUAGUUAAAGUUCUUAAAUACAGUAUUUUGAAUACUACAUGCAAGAUUGUAUGAUCUGUCAUAUGUUGUUUUUUGCAGUUUCCUCGUUAUUGUGAGUGUGAAGUGGUGGGCUUUCUUUGGCAACGUGAAUUUUGUGCAUACUAGUUCCAACUUAUGGCUCAACCUAGCAGAAAAGUCAACGGAGUCGAUAAUACAUUUCGAAGGAAAUGGGACCGAGAUGAGUACCUUGAGCGUGCACGCAAACGAGAAGAGGAGGAAGAUGGAAAUUUCAAAGCUAAAGCUAAAGUUCCUGCUGUGCAAAGAAAACCGUUGAAGUAUAGAGAUUAUGAAGUUGAUCUAGUUUCUCGCUUAGGUAAAACACAGGUUGUCACUCCAGUUGCCCCUUUAAGCCAGCAGGCUGGAUAUUACUGCAGUGUUUGUGAAUGCGUAGUGAAAGAUUCAGCAAACUAUUUGGACCACAUAAAUGGGAAAAAGCAUCAAAGGGCAUUGGGUAUGUCGAUGCGAGUUGAAAGGGCAUCUUUGGAACAGGUCCAACAACGGUUUGAAUCUCUGAAGAAAAGGAAGGUUUUUAGCAGCUUUACUGAACAAGAUUUGGAUGAUAGGAUACUGAAACAGCAGCAAGAGGAGGAAGAAAGAAAACGACAGAGGAGGGAGAGGAAAAAGGAAAAGAAGAAAGAAAAAGCCUUAGAGGAAGAUCUUGAUGACUGUGAUCAGGAUGUGGCAGCAAUGAGUGGCUUUGGUGGAUUUGGGUCAUCAAAAAAAUAAACUAAAUUAUUUUUAUUUUUUUCAAUAAAAGUAGAUUAUUGCACUAAACUUUUUUUAUUAAUAUUUUUUAUUUUUUACACAGGAUUCAAAGAGCAUACAAGAGGAAAGAACCUUGGGAAGAAAACCUCCGGUCACAGCUCAUAAAAUAAACCUAUAAUAUCUAACGGAUCAAUUUAUACACCCCGCCCAAAACCACAUACAAAAUGCGGGCACAACACAUAUAAUAUCAGUUUUGCAUAGAGCCCAUAUGACAAUUUGCCAAAAAAACCCAUCGGAUGAUUUCAAAUGUAGACUCCAUAGCUUCUAUCAACGGAAGAAGACAAAAUUUUCCAAAGCCCUGUGCCAAAUCCCAUGAGCCAAAAACCUUCCUGUUAAAAAAGAAAGUAUCAAAAAACCUUUGGAAAAACACUACUAUAUCAAAUACCAUGACCUUGAACUCUUCUCUAGACAACAAACAUGAAUACUUGAAAUGAAAGGGAAAGCGUGAAUAAUUAUCAUCAUAAAAUUUUACAUCGACGUUACUCAAGAAAAUCAUAUGACUAUUGUUGCAAACCUUCCCAUACCCUAGAAGGAAUUUCCUCAAAACCCACCUCUCGCUGAUUAGCAUUUCUAUCAAUGGCUAAAUUUGCCAAAUAAUUUGCAAUCUUAUUAACUUCUCUGUAACAAUGGGAUACCAAGAAAGAUUCAAACAAUUCUAAUUUUUGUAAAAUGGGAUCAAUUAUAUACUACAAAUUCCAACAAUUCGAUUUCUUUUUCAUAACACAUUGAAUAAUCACCAUAGAAUCACCUUCAAUUAUUAAGUCCUUAAUUCUCAAAGAGAUUGUCAUAUCCAAUCCAAAAGACAAAGCAUGAAAUUCCGCAUAAUUGUUAGUUUUAAAACCAAUAACAUGACACUUAGCUCGAAUAAAAUUUGCAUUAAACUAAAUUAUUUUCAUCAUUGAUAUAAAAAUGAUUUUUAAGGACACUAGGGUAACACUCAUUACAUAUCAGUGAUGUAUUAUUGAGGGCACAUAUCAAGGCAUGAUGUAGAAGCAGAUUAAUUGCACAUUUAAUUCCUGUAUACAACUUGCUUAUGCAAUUUGAUGAGACUUGUAUAAGCUAUUAAAAAUUAACAAAUAUUACAACCUAGCUUAGAAUGAUUACUGUAAUUUUAACUCAAAUGUUUAUCUUUUCAUAUAUGGCACCAUGUUGUGAUUUGAGACAUUUCUUUUGCAUUUCUUUAGAUUGUAUAUCAUGUUCGGUUGAUACAGUUUUGCCAUGUUGCCCCUUGUAAUCCAAGUUCUUUACUGCAGUUUGCUAUUUUCUUGGAUGGCUGGUGUUGCAUACAGUAUUUACAACACAUAGAUAACAACCUUAAGAUAAUGUGGGGAAUUCCAUGAGUGUAUCUGGAAUUAGCCUUCUAAAAGAACAAGAUAGAGAAUGAAAGAAAUUACAUAGGUCGGUUGAAUUCCAGUGUACAGAAUAUUACAAUUGCUAAUCAAGAGUAUAAAGGGCAAUUCAAUAACCAAAAUAAAGUACUUGAAACUAAAAUUAGUUGUUCAGGAAUUUUCAAGGCUGUAGUCUCUUAAGCACUCCUACUUGGUUAAUGGAACUCCUUUGCCUGGUAAGAUUAUUUUCUCACCAACAUAUAUUAUUUUUUAACUGUAUCUGCUCAAACCUCAUGUAAAAGCUCAAGAAAAUUUAGCACAGUUCUUCUACAACCUUAAGAAAAUUUGACCAUGGAGAAAGAAAAUCUUAAGGAUCUGUAUGUUUAUUCAAAACCCAUUUUGAUGUGGGUGUGUAGGUAACUUCUUUAACAGAUUAUAAUUUUUUAACUGUUGAAUUGUAGGGGACCAAGCGCUGAUGGGUGUUAAGCCUUUAACGUCUGCAUGUUCAUGUUAGGUAGCCCCGUUUAGCACAGCGUAUUGAUCCCAAAUAUCAACAAAUAACAUUCUAGCUGCUUCUUUUCUUGUAAUAAUCUUCUUCCAUAGAUUUAGUAUUGCAAUUUUUUCUAAAUCUAUUUACUUUGACAAAUAGUCAUGUCUGUGUUUCUCAUAGGCAAAGGAGCUGGAAACUCGUGUCCCUCAGAUGCUGUAUCCAUGCAUGCCCAAAA